AUGUCCAUCUCAACUCAGCCGCCAACAACAGCGUCUCGCCACGCUGGGCUCCUCACUACGCUAGCAUCGAUUGUGCGCACUCUCCCAACCGCCGCAUUCACCCCAGGCUUGAUAAACUACCUCAUCUUCCCGCUCACUACCACUCUCCGGCAGACGGCCAACCCCGCCGCGCUCCCAGACGCCUUCCUCGAGGCCGCAUUCCGCCUCCUCUCCCUUGUGGUGAGCCACUGGCGUGCCAUACCAGCCGGGAUGGAUCCGGCAGCAUGGGAGCAGCUGUGGCGCUUUACUGUCUCCGCUGUCGGACAGAGGGGGAAGGGCAAGGACCGCGCAGCAGGACAGGAGGUGCAGCUCGAUGCGCUCGGUCUUCUCUCCAUGCUACUGGAGCCGCACACCGAAGCUGGGGUAGUGCAUCCGACGCCCGCGAUGCGUCGCGCUACGUCUGGGCCCAAGGCAUCGCUCAUGCCCACCCUCUUCCAGAGUAUCACCCUCGCGGUCGACUGUGCCGUCCCUUCUCCCCCCCACCCCGCGCUUCAGCGCGCAGCAGUGCACCUCGUCCGCACUCUCCUCGGAUACCUGGCAGGGCAGAGCGCUGUCCUCGCUUCUGUCCUACCAGGAAUCGUGAGCGCCAUGGCCAAGGAUAUUCUCGGCCUCGGGAAAGCUCUCAAAGGCGACGUUGGUGCCGAGAUGGCUGGCGCGAUCCAGGAUGUCGUCACAGAGACGCUUGACGACAACGCACUGCGGCGCCUCGGCGUACUUCGACCGCAGUUCAACGACCUCUCAGAAUUAGGGGAGGGAUGGGAGCGGGGCGACAUGGCUGAACCUCCCUCUCCUACACCGUCCAGCACCUCGAAACCUGUCGACCCCUUUCCCCCACUCACAGCAUCGUACCUUGAAUUCACCGGCGCACGGCUGCAGAGCACUAUCCCGCCCGUCCUCGCUGCUCUGACGGGGCAUAACUCGGACCUGGCCCGCCGCGCUGCGGUCAGCUUGGCGUACGCUCUCAUCGACCAGUGCCACGAAGCCCUGCCUCGCCUCCUACCUACAGCACUGACCACGCUCCUUCUUCUAUCACAGGAUGAUUUCGACCCCGUACGCGAUGAUGCGUUGUCCAAGAUCCAUCGUCUAUUACGAAAAGAGGAGCUCGACGGUGCGCUCCUCGACCUCCUCAGCAGUGCUAUCAACGGACUCCCACGACUGAUCCGCUCAGCCAACGACAUCAAGGUCACCGACGCCGCGCGCCUAGUCACGGCCAUCGCGAACGUGACAUCGACCCAAGGCUCGAGAGCUAUUGCCCAGCUCUUAGGGCCCGGGGGAAACGUUGAGCGUUGGGCGUGGGCGCUUCUCGACUGCCUCGAGCUGGACCGGCCACGAGGUUGGAGUUCGGGCGUAAAUCCUGCACACCGCACCGCCGAGCUGGGUUGGGGUGGAAGCAUGGUGCCGAAUAAGAUGAUUGAGGGCACCGGGGCGCCGGAAAGCUCCUAUCCCCACCUCCAGCUUCGGUACGUCGAGGCCGAAGCCUCGGCACGUGCGCUUGCCAGCAUGCUCGAGGCACUCGGGGCGGCGGGCGGCGAAGCGGGCCUGUAUAGCAUAGACUACUUUAUUCGCUUUGCCAAGGCACACCGCCUGCGUGAGCCAGCGAAGGCAGCAUCAGCUGUGUGGGUCGUACAGCGGCUCUUGGCGGGAGUUGCGUCCACCCACGACGGAAAGGCGCCGCGCGCUGUGCGCAAGAUGGCUCGGCAAGUCGCGCGAACACUCGUGGCCAUGGACGACGACGAGGACGAGGACGUCGAAUGGGACGGCGAGACGGAUGAUCCGGCCGACGCAGAGGCGCUGGUGCCAGUAGAGCGUGCGCGGGGACUAGAUGAGAUCACGACCCUGCUGGACCGGACGCCGCGCAACUCGUCCGCGGCGGCCGAAACGGCCCGCCUACAGGCGACUGCACAGCGCGUCCUCCUGAGUGCCCUCUCGCUCUCAACGCUCGCCGAGUGUGCCUCAAUCUUGGGUCGUGACUUCCGUCCGCUCCUCCUGCACGCGCUGUAUGCGAUUCUGGCGGCCCUCUCCUCCCCACACGACCUGGUUCGUUCAUACGCUGGGAUCUCACUUGAGCGCGUCGCGCACGAGAGUGGGUACGCGAGCUCGCAGAACCUCGUGCUUGACAACGUUGACUAUGUCGUCAAUGUCGUCUCCCAGCGACUGACGUACCAUCGCCUUUCGCCACACGCGCCACUAGUGCUAAUCGCCAUGAUCCGGCUCGUUGGUGCGCCCAUCGUCCCGCUCGUACAUGACGUGGUGGACGAGAUCUUCGACGCGCUCGACGACUUCCACGGAUAUGCCGCACUUGCUAGUGCCCUUCUCGCGGUCCUCACGACGCUCAUCGACGUCAUGGCAGCCGAUACGGCCGCCUCGGAACCGACAGACGAGCGCGCGGCUGCACGUGCCGAGGCAAGGCGGUUCCUUGAUCCGCCGAACCCCCAGCACGACUUUGGCAACUUUGGUAAAUGGUACAAGGCGCAAGGGGAGAUGGCACGCACCGAACAGGAAGAUAUCAUCGAGCGCGUGACUCGAGGACCGCUGGGCAAGUAUGCCGAGGUAUCCAAGGAAGAGGAGGAGGAGAAGAUAGACGAGGACCAACCUGACGGUCCUCCGCCUCCGACGCGUUCACAAGAGGUCGCGGCGCAGAUCCUCGCCAAGGCGGGAUACUACCUCUCGCAUGCGUCGCCGUUCCUUCGCGCCCGGGUGUUGGGUCUCAUCGCACGCGCCAUUCCCGUCCUCGCCCAAGCGGGCCGGGAAGGCGACCUCCUCCCUGUCAUCGACGGGGCAUGGCCGGCCAUUAUGGCGCGGCUGGACGACGGCGUACCGUACGUCGUCUCGGAAGCGGCUGCCGUCGUCGCCUCGCUUUGCGAGUAUGUGGGCGAGUAUGUCUCGCGGCGGGUGGCUGAUGACGCGUGGCCCCGCAUGAGCCGCAUAUUACGCACGACCAAGAUGAUCGAGGCCAAGACCAGCCUCAAGGGCGCUUAUACCGUCGCACACAGGCUGUACAUCGCCCUCAUGGCUACAGCCAAGUUUGUCGCGGCUGAAGUUCCCGUCAAAGAGGGGUUGUUGUGGGACAUGAUGCUUGCGUUCCGCCCGUUCUUGGAUCGGAGAGGUGAGAGCGAAAUCCAAGAUUGCGCUGUCGAAUUGUAUUCCGCCCUUAGAGCGCGCGAUGGCGACGCACUAUGGGUCGUCCUGGGCGCUACCCAGGGUAGCGUGGGUGGCAUGUGGGCGUUCCUCCGCGAGGAGAAGAUGGAGAUUGGAGAGAACGCCGCACGGGUGUUGGCGGAGGGUGAGGAAGGGGAGUUCGAGGUCGAGGAGGUAGAUCUGGGGGAUCCAAAGGAACCAGAGCCCGAGUACGCGCUCGACGCAGAGUUCGACCUCGAUUAG